CUGUUGAACGGCUGCACUCCUUCCAUAUGUUGGGAUAUUCUAAAUUCAAAAAAUACAUUUACUUAUAUAUGCAAGACAAAAGAAAAACAAUAAAACAGUAGUAAAAUAAAGCAGAAUGCCACGCAUUAAAUUGCAAACGUCAGACGGCAAAAUCUUCGACACUGACGUGGAGGUUGCAAAAUGCUCCCAGACCAUUGCCAAGCUGCUGGAAAGCUCAGAGCUGCAGUCCGGUGGUGAUGGCGAUGAUAAUGAUGAUGAUGAUGAUGAUGAUUAUGACGGUGACAUUGUGCCGCUAAGCAACAUUAAUGCACGCACCUUGGGCAAAGUUCUGCAAUGGUCUGAGCACAAUAUGGCAGUAGCCGCGGGCAAGGUACCGCCAGAGAGCGACAGCUCCUGGGAACGCCAAUUUCUGGAUGUCGAGCAGUGUGUGCUCUUCGAGUUAAUGCUGGCCGCCAACUAUUUGGACAUCAAGGAGCUCCUCGACCUCACCUGCAAGCGUGUGGCGGAUAUGAUACACGGCAAGAGCACCGCUGAGAUACAACAAAUUUUCAAUAUACCGCAGACGCAUUCGCAGCAUGACUAAGUUGAGCUGACUACAAAAUUCAAAGCAGGCCUUAAAUCUCAGCCUACGCUGUUCUGCCAUAACACGUGGCGAAGCAAACAGACACACCGACUCAGAUAUGUAGACAUGUACAUACAUAUAUGUAUAUGUACUACAUAUGUAUGUCUGUACAUGCAGCACCAUAAAAAUAAAC